CCUGGGCGCGAGAGGAAGGAGAAAAAAAAAGCAAAAUAAACGCGCGCAGGGAGACGCCACGAGACGCGGCGGUGAGCAGGCCGCUAUGAACAGCUGAUUGCCAAUAUGGCAGCGCCCAUUGCAGCACCAUGUGUGCGCCUUCCACACACACACGCACGUGUCAGCUGAUUGCUAAACGCUAAUUGCAAUUGCGGGUGAGUAAUCACAGUCGAGGUGGCGGUGAACUCGGUAUCAACAUUCAUCAAUCCACUGCUGGAUGAAGACUUCGCUAUCUCACACCUCCGGGAAUCGUAAUUGAGUACUACCUCGCGCGACUUAAAACUCGCCAUGGGGCGAUAAAGUGAGAACCACUUUGUGCGAUAUCAGCCGCUGUUUGUAAUUCGGACUGACUUCGCGCCCCGCCAUACCAAUAUGGAAUUACCACCAAUGGCUAAGGUACUGUAGGAGCACGAGCUGAGAGCGACAUACAUUGAAAGCGAGUUUUUAUCAUAGCCACCAAUCGGCGCUGAGAGGCGGUGUUAGGGUGGUUCGUGAGAGACUUUGACUCACCGAUAAGCAAGUAUCGGCCCGCAAACUCCAGAGCGGUGAUAGGCGCCCGGAGAAGCGUGGAGGCCGCGGCGAAGAGUCGAGGAGGGACCUGCCCCGAGGCGACCCCAGGCCCGGGGGUACACGGGGAAUCGGGACCCCGAGGCAGGGACGGGAACCCGCCUGCCUCUUGCUCCAUUCCGUGGCGUCGACGUUCGCUUCUUCGUCCGGGCUUGGUUGUCCCGAGCGCCCCCUUGUGUUCCAACUUUACCAGGACCCACCACCCUUACUGGGACCACCUCCAUAACUAGGACCACCUCCUCACCCGCCGAUGGCGAUGCCCGCUCCGUUCCGCGCCCCCAAGCGCAAGCGCUGGCCUCGCGAACCGUACGAGGGGCCCUUUCCGGUGCCCAUACGUCGUCGCGCCCCUCUCCUGCUGGACGGUUCAUCGCCCAUCCCUCCCGAGAACAAACCCUUGGACGUGGACGUGGGCGCCGCUGACCCGUCCACCACAAGGGGUAUCGGGGAGGCGCGCCAGCAGCCUGGCGGCGUCGCUCACGCCGCAGGGCCGAGCGCCGCUGUUGAGAACGAAAGUGGUUCCACGUGUGGGAACCUCGGUCUGCCUGUUGCCGCUGCUGCCACUGUGACUUUCGGCGAGGGGAGAGAGGGGAGCGAGGGGAGAGAAGGGAGCGAUGGGUCAGAGCGCUACAGAGGAGAGCUGGUGCACGGUGCGGUGCUGGUGCGAGACCGCGGGGACAUGGAGGCGCUGUACAGCCGAGGAUUUUUUGGGAAAGGGUUUCUGUCGAAGAGCAGACCUCAGUUUUCUGAGACCCGACGUUUCACGCCUCCGGGAAGCCAGCCUUGCCGGGACCCUCGGAGGGAUCGUGAACAACCCGGCACGUUACCCGGCACGCGCAGCGUGGAGGCAGACUCACCGCUUUGCGGCGCCGCUACGAGCAACGGCGACAAUGACGCCGUCGAGGACGGCGCUUGCCCCCGCCAGCGCGUUGGUUCGGCCGUCGGCCGUGAUGAUGGAGAUGACGCAGCAGGACGAGAGGUGGACAGGGACAGUGGCGGUGCCGCAUGGAUGGAUUCAGCGCAUGCCGCUCAUACGGAUUCAGGGGCGACAAUGGCGACCGAGGGGGUGCCGGAUGAAUCGUGCAAGCCCGUUGUCGGGUGCCAGCAAAAGACAGAGCGCAUUGCAGAGCAUCUGCAGCUAGCGCCGGAGGAGGCAUUUUUUUUGGCAUACGCCCUGGGGUGCCUGACCGUCUCCCUAAACGAGGAGGAGCUGUCCCUGAGUGAGCUGUGGAGAGUGUGCGUGCGCGCGUGCCCACGCUUCCUAGCCCUCUACCCGGCCUAUCACUACUUCCGCUCCCGAGGCUGGGUCCCCAAACCCGGCCUCAAGUACGGAACCGACUUGCUGCUCUACCGAAAAGGACCACCCUUUUACCACGCUAGCUACUCGGUGGUGGUGGAGAUGGUGGACGGCACCAAUUUCCGCGGUGACGCCUUCCGACCCUUCAGCUGGCGCUCACUCGCGGGCCUCAACCGGACGACCAUGAACGUGUCCAAGGAGCUGCUGCUGUGUUUCGUGGUGCGUCCUGCGGGCCUGACGGAGGAGGAGCUCUCUUCUCCCGAGUGUCUGCGCCGCUUGCGCGUGCAGCGCGAGUGCAUCUCGGUACACGUCGGGCAGGCCGGCGUGCAGAUCGGCAACGCGUGCUGGGAGCUCUUCUGCCUGGAGCACGGCAUCAUGCAGGACGGCACCCUGCAGGACAAGCAGUCGCAGAGCGCCCUGGCCGCCGCCGCCACCGUCGCCGCCGGCAGCGGGGGCAGCAGCGGCGGCGGCGGCGGCGCGGCGAGGCCGCAGAGCGACCGCAAGGACGCGUUCAGCACCUUUUUCAGCGAGACCGACGCCGCCAAGUACGUGCCCCGCGCCGUCUUCGUCGACCUGGAGCCCACCGUGGUCGACGAGGUGCGCACGGGCCCGUACCGCCAACUCUUCCACCCCGAGCAGCUCAUCACGGGCAAGGAGGACGCGGCGAACAACUACGCGCGCGGCCACUACACCAUCGGCAAGGAGAUCGUCGACCUGGUGCUCGACCGCAUCCGCAAGCUGGCCGAUCAGUGCUCGGGGCUGCAAGGAUUCCUGAUCUUCCACAGCUUCGGGGGCGGCACGGGCUCGGGCUUCACGUCGCUGCUCAUGGAGCGUCUCUCGGUUGACUACGGAAAGAAGUCCAAGCUGGAGUUCUCCAUCUACCCUGCGCCACAGGUGUCCACCGCCGUGGUGGAGCCCUACAACUCCAUCCUCACCACCCACACCACCCUGGAGCACACCGACUGCGCCUUCAUGGUGGACAACGAGGCCAUCUUCGACAUCUGCCGCCGCAACCUGGACAUCGAGCGCCCCACCUACACCAACCUCAACCGCCUCAUCGGCCAGAUCGUGUCGUCCAUCACGGCCUCGCUCCGCUUCGACGGCGCCCUCAACGUCGACCUCACCGAGUUCCAGACCAACCUGGUGCCCUACCCGCGCAUCCACUUUCCGCUGGUCACCUACGCGCCCAUCAUCUCGGCCGAGAAGGCGUACCACGAGCAGCUGUCCGUGGCUGAGAUCACGACGGCCUGCUUCGAGCCGGCCAACCAGAUGGUGAAGUGUGACCCGCGGCACGGCAAGUACAUGGCGUGCUGCAUGCUGUACCGUGGCGACGUCGUGCCCAAGGAUGUCAACAACGCCAUCGCCGCCAUCAAGACCAAGCGCAGCAUCCAGUUCGUUGACUGGUGCCCCACGGGCUUCAAGGUGGGCAUCAACUACCAGCCCCCCACGGUGGUGCCGAGCGGCGACCUGGCGCGGGUGCAGCGCGCCGUCUGCAUGCUCAGCAACACCACGGCCAUCGCUGAGGCCUGGGCUCGCCUGGACCACAAGUUCGACCUCAUGUACGCCAAGCGCGCCUUUGUGCACUGGUACGUGGGGGAGGGAAUGGAGGAGGGGGAGUUUGCCGAGGCCCGGGAGGACCUGGCCGCCUUGGAGAAGGACUACGAGGAGGUCGGGGUCGACUCCCUGGAGGGCGACUGCGAGGACGGGGAAGAGUACUGACCCGUUGACCCAAUGACCCGGUGACCUGGCCUUCCCUUGCCAGCGCCAUGGGCCUUCGUGGCUGCUGCCUUAAAGCUAUCGUCAGACGCGAACGCAACUCAAACGCCACAGACAGGGGGCACACAGAGGCUGCGCUCGUAAAAAUGAAUUCCCUAGCUCAGUUAUUCAUUCAUUCGUAAAAAGGUAAAGAUGCAGCCCUGCAAUUUCUUGCUCGCACAACUGCUGGCAGAAGGGUCUCGGCUAGAGGGAGCGCUAGAGAGACUCUCUCGAGGGUAUUGGCACGCCAAAUCCAUCCCACCUUUUGUAUGCAAACUUUAUAGCAUUAUAAGAAUACCGGGUACAAUAAUACUGGAUAGUAUUAUUACGCAUAAGCAUAUCUUGUAGCGGUAGUGCCGUACACCGACAAUCCCUCCUCCACGUCCAGCCUAGAAGUGUUCCGGGGAAUGUUGAGUGAGACAUGAAGCCCUGUGUCGUCGAAAAGUGUGGUGUCUGGGAAAUGGAUUAGUGAGGUGGUGGGGGGGGGGGGGGGCAGUGUUUUCAACUUUUUAUUUCAGAACCCCAACAUUUUCCUAUCCUCAGCAAUGAUAACUAUGGAAUAGACGUUGAAACGUCGACACCGCGAUGCGUGUUUAGGAGCGCAGCCGGCGUGCGAUGUUCAGCUUACAACGUAGCGCACCGAUAUGACAUUCAAAUACACAGUCUGUGAACGCCA